UGUUCUUUUUGUCAGUCUUAUCUUUUCUUUCUUUUUUAGAUGGGGACAUUGGUUUUGGACCUUUACAACAGAGAAUGUCUGAAGAAGUUUCUUUCCAGUCUGAGAUUAAUAUUAAUCUCUUCAAAAGAGAUGACCCAUAUUCCAUUUUAGAAGAAUUGUGGAAAGAUGAUGAACACACAAGAAAAUGUGGAGAAAACCAGAGCAAACCUUUAAGUCAUGUUGCCUUCAUUAACAAGAAAACACUAGCUAAUGACAGGGUCUGUGAAUAUAAGGACGUUGGGGAAAUAGUUCAUGUAAACACACACCUGGUUUCCUCAAGAAAAAGACUCCAUAACUGUAACUCAUUUGGAAAGAAUUUGGAGCCUAAUGUAACCUUAUAUAAUAGAAACAAUGCAACAGAAAAUUCUGAUAAGACUAUUGGAGAUGGUGAUAUUUUCACUCAUAUGAAUUCUCAUACAGAAGUGACUGCUUGUGAAUGUAAUCAGUGUAGGAAAUCUCUGCAUCAUAAGCAAGCUCUCAUUCAACAUCAGAAAAUUCAUACUAGAGAGAGCCUCUAUUUGUUCUAUGUAAAUGUUUUCUCCCCGAAGUCACAUGCCUUUGCACACGAGAGCAUUUGUACUGAAGAAAAGCAGCAUGAAUGCCAUGAAUGUGAGGCAGUCUUCACUCAGAAGUCCCAGCUUGAUGGCCGUCAGAGGCUUUAUGCAGGAAUAUGCACUGAAUAUGAGAAGGAUUUUUCCCUCAAGUCAAACCAUCAGAAAACUCCUGAGGGGAAUUACUAUACAUGCAGUGACUAUGGAAGAGCCUUUAUCCAGAAGUCAGAUCUGUUCAGAUGCCAGAGAAUUCAUUCUGGAGACAAACCCUGUGAGUACAGUGAAUGUGAGAAAAACCUCUGUCAGAAUUCAAACCUAAUAUACAUAAAAAAAAUUCAUACUGGAGAGAAACUUUGUACUGAAUGUGGAAAAGCUUUCACAAGGAAAUCAACACUAAGUAUGCAUCAGAAAAUCCACACAGGAGAAAAACCUUAUGUAUGUACUGAAUGUGGGAAGGCCUUUAUCCGGAAGUCACAUUUUAUCACACAUGAAAGAAUUCAUACUGGAGAAAAACCCUAUGAAUGCAGUGACUGUGGGAAAUCCUUUAUUAAAAAAUCACAACUCCAUGUGCAUCAGCGAAUUCACACAGGAGAGAAUCCCUUUAUAUGUUCAGGAUGUGGGAAGGUCUUCACUCACAAGACAAAUCUCAUUAUACACCAGAAAAUCCACACAGGAGAAAGACCCUAUAUAUGUACUGUAUGUGGUAAGGCCUUUACUGACAGGUCAAAUCUCAUUAAGCACCAAAAAAUUCAUACUGGAGAGAAACCUUAUAAAUGCAGUGACUGUGGAAAAUCAUUCACCUGGAAGUCACGGCUCAGGAUACAUCAGAAGUGUCAUACUGGAGAGAGACAUUACGAAUGCAGAGAAUGUGGGAAAGCCUUCAUUCAGAAGUCAACACUAAGUAUGCACCAGAGAAUUCAUAGAGGGGAAAAACCAUAUGUUUGCACUGAAUGUGGUAAGGCCUUCUUCCACAAAUCCCAUUUUAUUACACAUGAGAGAAUUCAUACUGGAGAGAAACCCUAUGAAUGCAGUAUCUGUGGGAAAUCCUUCACUAAGAAAUCACAACUCCACGUACAUCAGCAGAUUCACACAGGAGAGAAACCCUAUAGAUGUGCUGAGUGUGGAAAGGCUUUUACUGACAGAUCAAAUCUUUUUACACACCAGAAAAUUCACACUGGAGAGAAACCUUAUAAAUGUAGUGACUGUGGGAAAGCCUUCACUCGGAAGUCAGGUCCCCACAUACAUCAGCAAUCCCAUACUGGAGAAAGGCAUUAUGAGUGCAGUGAAUGUGGGAAAGCCUUUGCAAGAAAAUCAACACUAAUUAUGCAUCAGAGAAUUCAUACUGGAGAGAAACCCUAUAUUUGUACUGAAUGUGGGAAAUCCUUCAUCCAGAAGUCACACUUAAAUAGACACAGGAGAAUUCAUACUGGAGAGAAACCCUAUGAAUGCAGUGACUGUGGGAAGUCUUUCAUUAAGAAAUCACAACUCCAUGAGCAUCAUCGAACCACAGGAGAGAAACCGUAUAUAUGUGCUGAGUGUGAGGCCUUCACCAUCAGAUCAAAUCUUAUUAAACACCAGAAAAUUCAUACUAAACAGAAACCCUAUAAGUGCAGUGACUUGAGGAAAGCCUUAAACUGGAAGCCACAACUCAGUAUGCCUCAGAAAUCUGACACUGGGGAAGUAGAGUGCUCAAUGCCACAAUUAUGGUGUGGGGACUCAGGAGGUGACCAAGGCCAACUUUCUUCUAUCUAGUUAGAAUUAUGAACAUCUGGAUCAUAUAGCCGAUGUGCAGUUACGCAUAUGAGGAGACACUUUUGAGAGUGUUUAAGCAUUGUAUAGUGGCCAUCUUUGGUUAUUUGAUAUUGGUAUUGUCAAGCUCCUGCAAAUAAUAGUAAAUGUACAAGGAGAUGA